CCUUUGGAACGCCUCAGAAUAUUUCGUGCUCGCUUUCACACCUACCCAAUACGCUUACUUCUGCCUCCUGCGCCCAUUAUCGAUGAGGUCGUUGCUAACCCAGCCUAUAAGCGGAAGUCAGAGUCAAGUUUAGUUGCUAAAGCUUCUCCCUUGGACGUUGUUCAAAUCAAAGUCGCCGCUCCAGAGUCGGCCAACCGAUGGAUCAACAAACCUAUACAUGUGCUGGAACCGAUUAAAUUGCUCGAUCCAUUUGGAACUGGUCACUUAAACUGGGUUUUUAUGACUCAGCGCAACCGAAUGGUCUAUCAGGCUUCACCUGUUAGUGCAAUAUUCGAAUUAAUCUCUCAUUAA